GUGACGUUUGAGUGGUAGUAUUUGAGAAAUUCAACAACAGUCAUCGAUUAUUGGAGACUGGUGCGAGAGGCGUUUGAUACCGAAAAACUGUGUGAGCGGCGAGAAGAGGUGUGGUUUUUUUGGAAAAAAUGGGCAUUAAGGUGACCGAGCGCGCAUUAAAACCCGAAAUAAUCAGUGCGCCGUAGCCGCGUCUUCGUUUGUUUCGAGAGAGAGGGCCCACGGAUAGCGCGAUCCUGUGUUUUAAUGUCAAUAUAAGUUUAAAGUUAGGUUAUGCUUCGUUGACCAAUUUUGGAUAUUGUCGCGUGAAAUGACCAGUUGGGCAGCAAGAAUGCACCGGCGGGCUGCCACAUUUAGCAACGUUGUCACCUCUUGCGGCCACCCCUCCGGCCCCUACCCCAGAAGACUCGAGAAAGUCAAAUUCGGGGUUUCUCUGGAAGAAGUCUGCAAAAAUGACAUCCCUGGACCCCUACUAGUAUUAAUUCUAAAACUGAACAAAGAGGCCCCGUGCAGGAAGGACGUGUUCCGCGCUCCCGGCCAUCAGGGCGCGAUGAAAAAGUUGACGCAUUUUCUGCAAACCGGUCGGCUGGUCAACAUGGACAAUUUUAGCGUGUACACCAUCGCCAGUGUGCUCAAAAAGUUUCUGCGCAAAGUUCCUGGCGGCGUUUUCGGCCGCGAAAUUGAGCAGAAAUUCUUUCAAGUCAUCGAAAUCGCCGAUGCUCAGCAGCAGAGAGAGGAAAUACAAAAGAUCAUCACGUCACUUCCGGUAUACACUCAACGCCUAUUGGUCCUUUUAUUCGGAACGUUUCGCGUCAUAGCUUGCAAUAGCGAAAAACAGGGCACGGGGAUGACAAGUGAAGCCCUAGGCGUGAGUGUGGCGCCAUCUUUCUUUCACACGUGCGUAACAGACGGCAAAACGGCCAAAAUGGAGGACGUCAUGAAGUUUAAGGUUGCCUCGAGGGUUAUGAAGCAUUUAAUUGAAGAAUUCGCUUCUUCGAACCUUUUCGGGCGGGAAAAUUACGAGUAUUACGCCAGGGUGACCGGUAGGGUCCUUAGGGUCCAAGGGGAGUGGAUAUGCUCCUUUCAAUGCAACAACGAAUUUUUCACGUUGGAACGAUAUCUUUUGGGGCAACUGUCUCUGGGCACUGACACAUGGCUGCAAUGCGAAAACGUGCGCUGGAGCGCGAAUUGCUGCUUGGAAGCCCUUUCUCAAGUGGAAGAGUGUCAGUCUACCCCUGCCCUUCUAGAAACAGCUAUGCAACCCCAGGUCAGCUCCACAUCACUGGGCAUGAUUGCAGAACACAGCCUUUUGGAAUCCUGCACAAGACUUUCCAUUUCUCUCGAACAAAAUGGUCUGUUUCAGGGCAAUGCAACGUCACAUUCUUCUAGUAGAAGUCAAUCUUCAAAUAACAGCAACUCUGGGCCAAAAAUGAGCCUGGAUGAGCUUAAAGCGGUCAAUAGAUACGCUGAAAGUACCAAGAGCUUAAGCUUUUUACCACAGGUCCAUGAAAGACAAACGCAAAGGAUGAAAACGCGUUCCCAAUGGUUCUUGGGACCCUCGGUAGAGUGCACCAGCUGCGGGGGGUCUCUGGAUAUACCGUUAAAUGAGGCUGACGUUUCAAUGCUUAGUAACACUUUAUUAAGACGGUCAUCUUCAGGAACAAUUGUUGGUAUAGCCGGCUUAUCUCUAAGUGCAGAGAGUAUACAAAAAAGACCAAGCGUUAAAAGAUCGAACUCAAGAGAUAAAAGAUAUAUACAACGAUCAGCUAGCAGGAGGAAUAAAGAAAAUGGUUCUAGAUCCAAUAGCUUCAAAGGCAGAGGCGACCGAAAAUCCGCGGGCUCGCGCUCGAACAGCUUCAAAAUAAAAUACGAGAACAUAUCGAGAUCGUGCAGCUUCAAGGCGAAAAACGAACUGUGCACGUGUCCGCCGCCGCACGUCGCCACCGCCUCGGGGGGCGGCGAUGUUGCCAAAGAGAACGGCCUUAAAGAGGACACGCCCAGCAAGACGACGGAAACAAUAUGCGUCACCCUAACCUACAAACCGAGGAUUUAGCCCUCGCGCAAAAGUAAGAGUUUUUAGACUAAGGGCGGCACAAAAAAUUAUGAUGUUGGUAUUUUUGGAAUCAGCAAUGUAAAAUGAAGUUAAUUGAAGUUCGAUUUUGGCCCCCUGUAUGCGACUUGAUAAAAACGGUAUUAUUUUAUAUUAUUUAUUCGGUAUAUUUUAUGGUUUUUUCGUUUUUGUCGAAAAAGGCGCAUAAAUAUUAUUAAAUCUAUAAAUCAAUAAAACCAUACGCUUAUUACGUAUUAGUGUACUGUAUAUAAUGUUAAUAAUAUCAUCGAGUGAAAUUUUGAUUAUUUUUAAUGUUAGCGAUAUUCUUAAAUUACAUAAAUAUAAAACACACUGUGUAUGGCUGAUUUUUGAAUGUUUUUUGUGAUAUUGGCUACUUUCAUCACAUUUUAUCACGACGAGAACACCUUGUAAUGGAACAAAGUAAUGCACUUUUUUUAAUUUGUCGCGUAUCUCGAAAAGUUUUAAUGCUAAAAUCAUGAAGCCUACACAGGCUCCAUGGAUAAAAGGUUGAAAUUUGGUGUAAAUGUUGAGGUUAUGUGGGUCUUUAAUACACCCUAAUUUAGUGAUUUUAACAUUUCCACUUCUUGAGAUAUGUAAGGUUUUCUUGUCAUCAUUGAGUCAAAAUUACCAAAAAAUUAAAGUACAAAAUUACAUAUUCAUUUUUUAUUUGUAAUUAAGUGUAAGUGGUUAGAGUGUAAGUCAGACCAAACUAACAUAGGUAGCAUUCCAAAAAAUAUAUAAAUUGCAUUUAGAUGUUAAGCUGGGUCUUUGUGUAUUUUAUUAAGACUGUAUUUUGUCCAAUUUUAUCAGGUUUUUUAGACAAUUUUUUACCUUAUUACUACUUUUAUUACCUAUUAACUUAUUAUUUAUUAAGUAUUACAAUACAUAUUUAUUAUUACUAUACCUAGUAUUUUUAUUAACAUUCAGUUUUACUUUACUCAAUUUAAAUAAAAUGCUCUAUUUUAGCAUUUGUAUCAAUGGUAUUCUAGAGAUUAUUGAAUGUUAUAUGUGAAAAUGUAUUUUAUUCAUGACUGUAUGCACACAGGGUAGUUCAAAUUUCUUGGUAUUUCUCGAUAUUUGCGUCUUUUACUUUCUAUUCAAAAUGAUAUCUAUGAAAAGCAAUAAACCAUUUAGAGCGCGUCAUUCUACAUCCCACCUAGUGUGCUGUGGAGAAUGCCAUGGUCUGAUUGGUUUAGAGAUCAUUUUCUAUAGAAAGUGAAGGCGCAACAUUCAAACUAGUCUGUGUGCAGUAUUGAAAAUUUGUUAAUUUUUAAUAUUGCGAGG